AUGUCACCCAAGAAGUGCGAGCCACCGCCCGUGGACUCACUUACCACCACCACCAUCACCAGCAACACCACGGAAAAGGCCACCUUUCUUCGUUUGGGCCACAAGAACCACACCCAGUGGACCGCCCUCGGAUCGGCGUCCUUCAUCCUAAUCUCUGGCGGCAUGAGCUUGGCUUGGGGCGCCGGAUUCGCCGUUCACUCCGCCCAUCGGGAUCAACUUCUGCAGACAGUGCACAUGCAGAUCGCCUGGUAUGCAACUGCCGUGCUUGGAGCUCUUUUUGCCGCAUUUUACACUCACCGACUGCCCCAGCAGCCCAUUUAUAUUUGUGCCUCCAUCCUGGUCAUUGCAUCCGGAACUCUAUUUCUGGCCUGGCCAGAGUAUCCAGGUGCCAUCAUAGCCGCCCGGUAUCUGGAUGGCUUGGCCAAUGGUCUGGCAUUUGUUCCCGCACUGAGUACUGUGGGCGAGAUUUCGGUGAACGAGAUCCGUGGUCUUUUGGCCACCGCGGUGGAGCAGCUCAGCUCCAGCACUGGCAUCCUGAUGCAGUUGAUCUACACGGCCGUGUGGCAGGUGGACUGGAACGUGGCCAUUGUGGCGGACCAGGUGCAUGGAGUGCUCUCCAUUGUCUACGGUGUCAUAGCCCUGGCUCUGGCCCUAACCCUCUGCGUGGAGUCACCUGUCCAUCUCCUGAUGCGAUCCAGUGAGCAAAGGGCGUUGGUUGCCCUGAGGCAUCUUCAAAGACCGUAUAUGGUGACCAGUGAAAUGCUGCUGAGAUUGGAUGAGCACAAGCAGUAUGUGGCCGCCAACAGGGAAAUGUGUUUGGGAACGAGUCUGCAGAAGGGAUAUCCAUCGGUCCUUAAGCUUCUGGCCCUUCGAUUGCUGGGUGUCCUGUGCCUCAACUCCAUCAUCUGCUGUGCCCUCUAUGAAACCGGCAAUCAGCUGGUGAGCUCCUUGUAUGCAUGGCCCUUUGUGGUCUUCGGGCUGCUCCGGUGGUGCGGAUGCUUCUCUGCGGUGCUCCUGAUGGACACCACUGGCCGGAAGAAGCCGACCCUUUUCGGCAUCUUUUCCACCGGCGCCUUUGCCAUUGCAUAUGCCAACUUAUUUGGACGCACUCCUCACAUGAUCACCGCCCUGGUGAUGCUCUUCAGUCUGCAGUUCUUCGCGGGACUGGGACAAUGUGCCUCGGCGGCUUACCUCACUGAGGGCUUUCCUCUGCGACUAAAACCACAUAUGGUGGCUGUGGUGUACGUAAUAGAACAAGUAGCUAGACUGCUCCUCUGCAGUUUCCUACUAUCGAUCGCUGGAAUAACGGCCUACUUCCACUGCCUGGGAGCACUUUCCAUGGUGUUAUUCCUUCUCGGCAUCUUCUGCCUGCCGGAAACUAGACUAGUUUCUUUGGCGGAGGCGCAGCUCAAGUUUUCCAAGUGGUUCAACAAGGAUUUUUAG